AACAAGCCUUUGAAAAGGCCGGCUGGUUCAUAAAUAUUUGCCCAUCUAUCAACGUCCAAAGAGCAACAUUAAUAAAAAAGCUGAUGAGAGGGUUUCGAAAGUUGAGAAUGGAAAGCGUGAAGCUGUUGCCGAGGAUGCUUCCUUUCCACUGGCUCGACCUACAGGCGCUCCUGAUAUUCCUGGUGGUCUUUUUACUGGUAGCUAUGGCAACCCAAGCAAGAAAGACCAGCCACCUCCCCCCAGGGCCCUCGGCCUGGUCGUUUUUUGGAAAUAUCUUCCAUCCUCAACAAAAUACUCCCCAUGCUGACAUGGUUGAGCUCUCCAAGAAAUACGGGAACAUUUUUACAAUAGAUAUGCUGUGGAUACCUAUUAUCGUUCUGAAUGGAUUUCAGACAAUCCAAGAGGCAUUGGUACAUCAAGGCAGAACAUUUGCGGGGCGACCUUACCUGCGUAUAACUGACCUUUUGUCAAAAGGUCAAGGCAUUAUAACAGCCCCCUUUGGCAGGUCCUGGAUUCAGCAACGCAGGUUUGCACUGAGUGUCUUGAGAAGAUUUGGGCAAUUUGGACAAUGUGCCUUUGAGGAGAAAAUUCUGGAAGAGGCCCAGUACCUGACUGAAACCUUCAGAGCCUCAGAAGGUUCUUCCUUUGAUCCCCACGCUUUCAUCGUCAGCGCCGUUUCCAAUGUGACUUGCAAAAUCAUCUUGGGCAAGUGUUUCCAUUACGAAGACAAGACAUUCACACGACUGGUCGAGCUGUUCGACGAGGUCCUGAAGCUUCAAGGAGGAUUCUGGGCCAUGUUGUGCUCUGCUGUUCCUAAUAUGCAUCAUAUCCCAGGGCCUCAUCAGAGGAUAUUCCAAAACCAGGCCCAAGUCGAAGCCAUACUUCAGGAUUUCAUCAACCAGCACAAAGACACACUGAAUGGUGAAGAGAUCCGGGAUUUUAUUGAUGCCUAUUUACUGGAAAUGGAAAAGGAACGUGACUUCCCUGAUUCUCAUUUGACGGAAGGAAACCUGCUGUAUAAUGUAUUCGACCUCUUCCUCGCUGGCACUGAGACUACAACAACUACUCUUCGCUGGGGCCUUCUCUACAUGAUGGCCUACCCAGGUGUACAAGAGAAGUGUCAGAAGGAGAUCGACGAGGUGAUUGGCAGGUCCCGUGCCCCAUCGUUGAAUGACAGAGCCAACAUGCCAUACGUCAAUGCUGUUAUUCAUGAGAUCCAAAGAUACGGGAACGUAGUUCCAUUUGCAGUCGGACAUUCAACAACACAAGACACUAAAUUCAUGGGAUACACGUUGAAAAAGGGGACUUUUAUUCUAAUAAACCUGUCAUCAGUCUUGUUUGAGGAGACCCAGUGGAAACAUCCAAACCAGUUCAAUCCCGAAAACUUCCUGAAUGAAAAUGGAGAAUUCUUCAAACCAGACGCAUUCAUUGCAUUUUCGAUGGGUCUACGUGCAUGCCUUGGGGAAAAAUUGGCCAAGAUGGAGCUCUUCCUGUUCUUCACCUCGCUCCUUCAGAAUUUUGUGUUUUGCUGGCCUGACAAAAGUUCCUCUCCAGACCUGAAAGGCUUGUAUAAAAGCAUAGUAAUGCCACGGCCAUAUAAGAUGCAAAUAAGAUACAGGAUGGCACCGAGCGAUGACCUGUGACUUCAGAGUUAAUGCAGUGAUGAUGAGGUGGAAUUAGAUUCAGUGAAGGCUGAAGAUUAUUGUAAUACAACAGGUUAAUGUUAAAUAUGUAAACAUAUGACCUACAUCAUCAGUGAUGUAAGACCACAUGGCAACAAAGCAUGCUGAGAGAUAGUUCUAUGUAAAGCCUCGUGCUGAGCCUUGUAUUGUACAUAUUGUAUAAUAUUCAACAAAAGGUAAAGGUUACCAACAACCUUGCCUCCAUCAGUAUCUGCAAAUCCAAACGAUGAACAGUUCUUAAAUGUAUAGAUUCUUUCUGUUUCCAUUUUUCUAUUUUCAUGUUUCCACGUUAAAUUGCUGUGUUCUCAAGCCAUGGGGGUUAAUUUUAACCCCCAAGAAUGAUGGGUUUAGGUCAAG